AUGAAACACGCAGGUGCGUCCCUCGAGAACGGCGCAGCAGGACCAGGCCGGCCAACAAGCAAUCCCGCAGACGUGGAAGGCCAGGACGCCAAAGACGCCUACCCCGACGGCGGCCGAGAGGCGUGGACAACCAUCCUCGGUUGCUGGUGCGGCAUGCUCGCCCCCAUGGGCUGGCUCAACGCCCUCGCCGUCCUGCAGGCCCACGUCUCGCAGAAACAACUAUCGAGCUUGCCAGAGUCGACGACGGGCUGGAUCUUUAGCACGUACGCGUUCCUCAUGUUCUCAUGCGGCGUGAAGGUCGGUGCGUUGUGUGUGCCUUCGCCCCUCACUCCUCGCCCCUCGCCCCUCGCCCCUUGUCCAUUGUCCACUGAGUGUGUCCAGAGUCCUGACUAUGCAGGCCCAAUGUUCGACGCAUAUAAUGUCAAGCUCCUCAUUGUACCGGGGAGCAUGGGCAUGGUCGUCAUGACCAUGCUUCUCAGUGUGUGCAAGGAAUUCUACCAAUUCUUUCUGACAUUCUCCCUACUCGGGGGGCUCUCCUCGUCGCUCCUGUUCACGCCCUGCAUCGCCACCACAGGCCAGUGGUUCAGCAAGCGUCGCGCCCUGGCAACGGGCGUCGUUUGCACCGCCGGCGGCACAGGCGGCAUCGUCUUCCCCCUCACCAUCCUGUACGCCGAGCCGUGCGUCGGGUUCGACUGGUCCGUCCGCAUCAUCGGCCUCGUCUGCGCCGUCUCCUCCCUCCUCGCCUGCCUCCUCGUCAGGAAGCGCCUGCCGCACAACAGGACGGCCGGCGCACAGAUGGACUUUGGGGCGCUGCUCGACCCCAGGUACGCCCUGACCACGCUGGCCGUCGUCCUCGCCGAGUUGGCCGUCUUCAUUCCGUACACGUACAUUUCUUCGUACGCGCUGCACGUCGGCUUCGAGAUGCAGACGGCGCUGCUGAUGAACUCGCUGCUCAACGUGGGCGCCAUUCCGGGGAGAGGGCUGGCCGGCUUCGUGGCCGAUCGCUUCGGCGCGUUCAACAGCUUCCUGGCGACGACUGCGGCCUGCGCAACCAUCAUAUUCUCGUUGUGGUACACCGCUCCUGGCGGUCGCGCGGCCGUGAUCUCCUUCACGGCCCUCUUCGGCUUCUGGUCCGGGGCCACGAUUGCACUCACACCCGUGUGCGUGAGCAGGGUGUGCAGGAUCGAGGACUAUGGGAAGAGGAGUGGGACGACGUACUUGAUUGCCAGUAUUGGCGUCCUCGUCGGUGCCCCCGUCGCCGGUGCAAUGAUCAAGGCGAGUGGCGGCUCGUAUGGGGGAAUCAUGGUCUUUUCGGGGGCAAUAUACGCCGCGUCUACGGCUACCUUGUACUGGGCGAGAGGCGUUGCUGCUGGCUGGGGGCCAAAGGUGAUUUUCUAG